AUGGAAGAGGUACAGUCAAUGGACAGCACGUAUUGUGAAGAUGUAGAAAUGAGCUCGUUUGAAACAGACUGUGAAAUAUCUGAUCAAUCUUCUGAAGAACUAGAUAAUGCGUCUACAGACUCAGAAAUUGACAUUGAUAGUUUCUCUUCCGACAUGGACAAGCCUUUGUACGACGGCUGUCCUAUUAAUAAGUCAGAGCACUUGACUGCCGUACUUGCUUUCAUCACGCGCCAUAGCUGCAAUCAGCGAAUGACAACAGAUCUCUUACACUUAAUCAGACUACACUGCCCUACAGAAAACUCUUGCGAAAAAACCUGGGAUGGUCUUUCAUCUAAGAGUCAGAAGCUGCUUGAUCUUCGAACUGAUCACACCUUGCACGACGUUUGUAGUGAGUGUGGAAUUUUGUUUCCUGAAGACUGUUCCAUCGUUUCUUGCCCAACAGCACAUUGUACAGGACUUAGGUACAAAGGCACGCUUGAAGAUCAGAUGUUUCGAAGAAGACAUUCAUUCAUUGCAACCACAUCGUUGGAAGAUGAGAUUCGCCUUGUUUUGGAAAAUAUAGGACCGGGUGUUUGGGACAUCAUACUUGAUUACAAACGAGAGCAGUCUUCCAGCUCUACGAUCAAUGACAUAUGUCAUGGAAUGUGUUACAAGGAAACACAAAACUCUCUCACAGGCUCUGCAGUGACUCUACUUUUUAAUACCGAUGGUGUACUACUGUACAAGUCCUCAUCAACCAACGUCUGGCCUAUUUUUGCCGUAAUCAAUGAGUUGCCACCAUCCAUACGGUAA